AUGGGUGAAGUAUCUUUAGAAACUUCAGCUUAUGCAAAAAUAAUGCUACAUGCAGCGAAAUACCCACAUUGUGCUAUAAAUGGAGUGCUUCUUGCCGAUAGCGCUUCAAUUAGAUCGGGAGCUAAAAACCAGGAUUUAGAUAUCCUGGACGCUGUGCCACUGUUUCAUCAUAGUCAUUAUCUAUCUCCGAUGGCCGAAAUUGCAUUAACACAGAUCGAAUGUAUGGCUCAAGCUGACAACAGAAUUAUAGCAGGCUAUUAUGCAGCCUGUGAGAACUUUAGAGAUAAUACAGUUGAAAAGUGUCCAGGCCAGAAGAUUGCAGAAAAGAUUGCUGAACAUUUUCCUUCAGCUGUUUUCAUUGUGGUGGAUAAUAAAAGAGUAAUGCGACACUUGGAUACUCCUGCUAUUAAAAUGCACAAAUACAGUGAAGGCAAAUGGAAGCCAAAAGAUGCCACUAAAGUAUUAUUCCAAACCCCAUAUGUUUUAGAGACAGUGUCUCAUUUACUUCAACGAGGUGUACAGAAAGAUCUUGUAGAUUUUGAUAAUUAUUUGGAUGAUCUAUCCCAGGAUUUCACCAAUCUUGGCAUUGAAAAGCUAAUUGCAAGUAUAAAUGCAUCAAACACAAUUGACUGUAAGGAUAAAGAUUAUGAUGAU